AUGGACCUGUCCUCGCAAUACGGGAAAAAGAAAGGACCAGACUUUCAGCGACUAAAUGUGAUUAUGCCCAUGUCUUUACAAAAUGGAUCAGACGAUGACCACCAUGAUGAGGAGAGGGGCGACCCUGUAUCCGGCGCGGCAAACAUGGAUGAAGAAGAAGCCCACCUGUUAGGAAGGCAAGAGCUGGAUUUUGAGGAUUAUAUGCCACCUACGCGUGCCAGUCGACACAAAUUCUUGAGUUUUCUGCGCAGUCCAGAGCCGCCUCGCGUCCAAUCCAUACAGCCGGUCUUUCCGUCGGUUCAAGCGCGCCCAGUACAGUGGCUUGAAGCAUACAGGCUCAACAACCCUACUUCGCUCGUUGUCGUGCUGCUCGUGUGGCUCCUGGUUUUCAUAUGGUUUCUGACUGCCCAAUUACCGCUUCGAGAUGGGGACGGUAACAGCGUGCUCAACCUCGACUGCACAGAUACACUCUGGAAACGAAAGAACGAAUGCGGUAUCGACGGAAUCAAUUGCCGGCCCUUCAGCGACUAUUCUUUCGCCUUCCAGUGUCCAGCAAAGUGUGGAGGUGUACAGAUUCUGAAUCCGCAUGUUGUUGGGCCGCUUGAAGUAAAUUAUCGGCCUCUUGUCAUCGGCACAGAAGUUUAUCGUGGAGAUAGUUUCAUCUGUGGCUCAGCGAUCCAUGCUGGGAUUGUAGAUGAUCAGAAAGGUGGUGCUGGUCGUAUAACCCUCGUUGGCAACUAUGACAAUUUUGCCAGUACCAAGCGUCAUGGCAUCGAAUCCUUGCCUUUCGAUUCCUACUUUCCGCUAGCUUUUUCUUUGGCUUUCGAUGACAGCUUCCAGGCCAUCUCUGAUCCUCGGUCAGCAUUACUUCCCAUCUCGAUUCUAUUUACUGCUGUACUUGCUAUAUUUUCCACAUCACCAAAGAUCUUCUUUCCAAUCUUUAUUCUCAUAUUCGCCCAUGUGAGCUUUUUUUCUGAUCCACCAUCGGCAUCGUAUCACAGUACCACUGUACUGCCAGAUCACAUAUCCAUGUUCGUAAAACGACUUUUACCGGCAAUGUUCGUAGCAAUAGUGUUGUACUCUACUGUCAUUAAGCGAACCUUGUCUGGGCUGACUGCUCAGUUUGAGAAAGCAAUCUUCUGGCUUGGUGGAUUCUGGAUUGGGGCGUUAUCAAAUUACACCUUUGAUUGGAUACCUAUAUCGCGACUUACGGCACACGAUCUGGAACAACAACCGGGGGCGAAGAUAGCCUUGGCCGUAAUCAUUGUGGUACUGGCCGUAAUCAUUGUGGGUCAAGUAUACUACUUCUGGCUCGAAGGCCGCCUGCUCCGAUACCUCGGCUUGUACGGAAUCUUCGUAACCAGCAUCUUAGUAUGCUUGGCUAUACCAGGUGUCAAUCUGAGAUUCCACCAUUACAUUCUUGCGAUGCUGUUGCUGCCCGGAACCAGCCUCCAGACACGGCCAUCCUUGCUCUACCAAGGCAUUCUAUUGGGCCUCUUUGUCAAUGGAAUAGCGCGUUGGGACUUUGACUCUAUUCUGCAGACUUCUGCAGCACUUCGCGAUGAUGCAAAGUUCAACUCGGUCGUUCCCAAGAUACUGAAUGCUGUUAUCGAGUCCGAUACCGAGGGGACCGUUGCGACAUUUUCGUAUGACGUACACCCGAUCGGAGUCAAUGGUAUAAGUGUUUUAGUAAACGACGUUGAGCGCGAUCGUACGUUCUACGAUGGCGGGCUAGUUGCGGCUUCCUUCAAAUGGGAUCGGCCAAUUGACAAAAGGAUAAAUGAGUACUUUCGUUGGGCAUAUGUCAUAGACGGGCGAACGCUUGACUAUUCAAAGCCGAUUACAUGGUAUGGUACUGACCAACCUAGCCUUCACUCACUACUAGCCAAAAUGCACGGAAUACUCCUCACAGCCACCACUGCGCUUUCCACACUAGUUCCUCGCCAGAUGCGAAACUGCCCCUCUACACCAACAUGUCCUCGAUGGAACGGCUGUGUAUCAACCUCCACCAACGGCGCUGUAUUCCAGCUCAGCUGUGCAACCGACUACAACGGCCGCGUCAUUGACGCUGCGCAGGCCGAUGCGUUCGUCGACUGCGGAGAUGCUUGCUCCCGACGUUCCGGUUGUAUUGCAUUCAAUAUGAAAGAUGGUUUCUGCUACCUUCUUGGCAAGCCCGUUGGAACUGCCCGAAUCUCCUCUAACAACGUAAACGCUGGCGUACAACUCAAGGCCCCGACCGACCCAGAGCUAGCUCCUGGCUCUUCGACGUGCACUACGGUGAUCGACUGCCCCACCAACGACAAGUGUAGGUACCUUACCAACAGCAAGUCGUUCAUCGCCGAAUGCAACUAUGACUACUAUGGCGGAGAUAUUGCUCUCAAGUCAACCGAUACCAUGACAAAGUGUGUGGAUGAGUGCGCCAUCUUCCCAGGAUGUGUUGCCGUCACUUGGGUUGAUAGCAACUGCUACCUCAAGAACAAUAAAACCAAGAUUGUCUACAACAACGAAGUGGAUAGUAAGUACAUAUUCCUCCAUUAUCACGCUUAUAUCGGAGAUGAAGCAAGCACCAUCCACAAGCUCCACGAACGGUACGGCCCGUACGUGCGUGUCGCACCCAAUGAAAUUGACAUAAGCGACGCGGAUGCUAUACCUGCAAUCUAUGUUUCAAAAGGAGGGUUUCCAAAAGCGGCAUGCUACGCCAAUUUUGAUAUCGACGGCCACAAGACUAUCUUCUCGACGGUUGAUGCGGAUUACAGGAGUCCGAGGGCGAAAGCCAUAGUCCCACUGUUCUCUACCAAAGCGCUCAGAGAGAACGAGAAGGCUAUCUGGGGGUGCGUGGAUCGCAUGAUCGAGCGGCUAAAGGAAGAGUCAAAGACAAGAAGGCCGGUCAACGUGCUUAAUCUAACACGAAGCUUGGCUGUAGACGCAGUUUCCACGCAUCUUUUCCGGGAGAACUACGAUGGAGUCAGCGAGCGCGGUCCCGUACUCAGUGUAAGCGCAUUUGUAGACGCAUUUGUAGCGGUCGGGCGCUUCUUCUACCUCCCGAAUAUCGCUUUCAUAUGGCUAGAAUGGGCCGUCGGUAAAUGGAUGCCUGACCCUGAGACCGAAGACAGCAUGAUGCUGGUCGACAAGUUUGUCUCUGCCUUGGUAACCAACACCUCCGAGAAGUCAACGACCUAUCCAGGACGUCUACUAGCUGCCGGGCUUAGCGACUCGGAAGUCAAAGCGCAGUGCAAGGAUCUUGUCUUUGCGGGCACAGAUUCCACGGGAAUGAACUUGGCUACGAUCAUGCUGAAUCUAGCAUGUUAUACCGAGAAAUACGAGAGACUAAAGGAAGAGAUUAGAAGCAAUGCUGCCGUUGGUUCUGAUGCACAAGAAGUCCAAGCGUUGCCCUACCUUAACGCUGUUGUCAAGGAGGGUCUUCGAAUUAGCAUGGCCAAUCCGACACGUUUGCCUCACGUUGUACCUACGGGAGGCUGGACUUUCAAAUCCACAUACUUCCCUGCUGGCUCUGUUGUCGGCUGCUCGGCCUAUGAGCUACAUUUCAACCCGACUGUCUUCCCCGAGCCUCGCAGUUUCGAGCCCGAGAGAUGGUUAAGCCCGACAGAAGCGAUGUCAAAGUACUGGUUCGCAUUUGGGGCAGGUAGCCGGGCGUGUAUCGCAAGAAAUUUGGCAACCUUGGAGUUACAGUUUGCGACAGAGCGAUUAGGGAAGAGUGGUGUCCUUGAUGGAGCUAAAGUGAUGCAACAGGAAGUUGAGAUCUAUGAGUGGUUCAAUUCAAAAGUGAAAGGCGAAAGAAUUGACUUGGUCUGGGGAUAG